AUGAUUAUAUCAAAUUCAAUGUCAGGAAACUCUCCAAAAAAUUUAUUAGAAUAUAUUAUCUCAAAGAUCCCACCCUCUUGGAUACCCACAAUAUAUCCUGUUAUGGGGAGAUACUUAAAAACACCAUUGGAAAGAUAUUAUAGAAAGUUGAACGAAAAUAUAGAUUUAAUGGAAUCACCUGUUAAAUGGACUCCAGGACCACCAAAGGAUUCAGAAGCAAAGAAAUUGGUCAAAUAUUCAAUGAACAAACAUAAAAAUUGUGAAAAUUCAACAAUACCGGUGAAAAUCAAUAAUAGUACUAUGGUGGUCGACUUUAAUGAAGAUGCAAUCAAAAAGACAAUAGAUGAAAUCAAUGCUUUAAAGAGAGAAUUGCUUGAAACUAUAGAAGAGAAUGAAGAAACAAAGAAUACACCAUACAUCAUUGCACACUCACAGGUAUUUCAUAAUAGUAUUCUGAGGAAUAAGAGAAUUAUUUUAGCAUAUUUAAAUGAAAGGUUAGAAAGAAUUAAAGAAUAUAGAUGGAACUCUGGUAGUGGUAUUUUACAGCCACAACUUAAAGAAUCAAUGUCACCGAAUGAAGUUAAUUUUUUUACACAGCACGAUAAGCUGCUGACGGAAUAUCAUCAGGAGCUCGGUUUAGAUUUAACAAUGGAUGUAUUACAGCCACCUAAAGAGCUAUUCAUCGAGGUCAGAGUCAUCAAAGAGUUUGGUGAAGUAGUACUUGCUUCUGGUAGCUCUGUACAAUUCAAAUUACAUACAACACACUUUUUACGUCGUUCUGAUGUCGGAAAUCUAAUCACUCAAGGAAUACUAGAGCAUAUUAGUCACUUAAUGCUUUCAGAAAAACAGAAAACAAAUUAA